GAUUGGGCGCUGAGCGACGAUUUGAUUGCCGAUACGGAUACGCCGAGCGAGGAGAUUUUGACCACCUCUGCCAUGGAUAUGGAGAGGGAGGUCACCGAGGAGUUCAUGAAUGAGAUCUGGGGAGAUCUCGCGCUGGAUCUGUCCCCUUUUUCUAAUGACAACCUGACCGAUGUCGCCGUGCCAUGGGAGGAGCCGGCGCCAGCGGCGGCGGCCGGCGAGCCGGCCCCGCUCUUCAGCGAACUCUGCCACCUGAUGGAUGCCGUCAGCGACGACCAGUUGCGGGAGCUGUAUGCGGAUGUGGAGGCGUCGCCGCCGGAGGAGCCGACGGCCGCUGCGGCCGAGCCUGCCGCGCCCGCUGAGGAGGUGACCAUCUCUCGUUCGACGAUUGACCUGGGCGCGCUGCUGGAGGAGACGAACAUCGUGUUCUGCGAUUCUCCGCCGCCACCGCCGCCGGCGUCCGCCAAGCACGCAGGGAAGCGCGUCGCUGAGCUGGAGCAGGAGAAUGCCGCGCUGCUGCGGCAGGUCGAGGUGCUGGAGGGGCUGGUGGAGCGGGUGAAGGCACUGGCGCCGCUGCUGACCGCCCGCCCGGCGCAGUGA